CACGUCCCCGCGUGUUUCCCGGCCGCGUGCUGUUCCCGAGACAUUACAAACCGUGUGCCGUACGCGCGCGCACACUUAGGGAUACCCGCACCUGAUGGGAAUCGAAACUGAUGGGACUUCGAAGUUCAUCGCUGGCAAAAAAAAGCGACGACACGUUGACGUGGGUGUUGCACAAAAAAGACCCGUCCGCCCAUCAGCACGAGUCCAAUAACCAGAAAACUCACGGCGCGUAAGUCCCGCGGCGUUUUUGUUAUUAUUAUUGUUAUUUUUUUUUUUUUUGAACGUCCAAAAACUCAAUGAGAUUAAUAUUCCUCUAGUUUCCAUAAUUUUGGCAUUUUUUUUUUUUUUUUUUUUGCUAAUAAACCGAACAAACCUCGAUUUUUAGCCUUCAAUUUCAACCCUAUCUUUUCGUCCUUAUUUUUUAAGCCACUUCUUUGAUGCGGGAAAUCUCGUUUACCGUGUUAUAUAACAACUGCGUGUGUUUUUUUUCAACAUCGAUAAAUUUUGAUUUUCAAGCGAAACCGCCAAUAUUCUCGUCAGCAAAUCGUACCCUAGUUCAACAUCGUCCGAACAUCGAGGAACGAGACACAACAACAAUAACAACAGCAGUAUCAACAGCAUCAACAACCACGUCCAGAGGAAAAGAAGGGGCCAUGCGCAUUCGAAUUUAUUAGACUAUGGAAAACCCGAACCGACUUACGGUUACGGAAUAACCGACUUGGACGAUUUCCUCUCAAAAGUAAUGUGCAAACAAAACCGUAUUAAUUUUAUAAUUUUUCGGGUCAAUACAGGGUGUCUCACGAAGAUAUACCUAUUGUAAUAUCUCCGGGCAUAAUAAAUAGACGAUCAAAUUCUGUUUUUUUUUCUUUUUCAAUAUCUUGCAGGAAUACGUUUUAUAGAUAUUUAUAUUGCAAUUAAUUGUUAUGCUUUCAUAAAAAACUUGAGAAAAAAAAAUUUUGUAUUUUAUUAAGAAUUUAUUUUUAUGGACAUUUUAUAUUUAUUAAAUUCGUGAUUUUUAACAAUUUUUUAAAGUUCAGAGAAAAUAAGUGUGUACAGUCAAUUAAUCGUAAUGCCAAUAAUCAAUUAGAGAGUGCGAUUACAGUUGCAUACUUAUAGGGGCUUUUCUCUGAACUUUAAACAAUUAUUAUAAAUCACGAAUUUAAUGAAAACAAAAAGUUGAUACGUCAAAAUGGUCAAAAAAACAAAUGAUAUAAAAUUGCUAUCUUCAAUUUUUUCGAAAAUAAUAAAAUAAAGUUAUUUUUUUAAGUUUUCUUGUGAAAACUUGAAAAAUCGAUUGCAAUAUAAAUAUUUUUAGUCCUUAUCCUUGUGAGUAAUAUAUAUAUAUAUAUAUAUAUAUAUAAAAAGAAAACAGAAUUUGAUUAUUUUUAUUAUCCCCGGAGACAUUACAAUGGGUAGGUUCCUAUAAUGUUUGUGGGACACUCCGCAGUAUAUCCAGAACGAUCCGCGUAAUACGAGACUGUCGCGAAAUGUCUGAUAAUUAUGUUUUUAGAAAAUGUAUGUUGCGUUUACAUAGGUAGCUAUGAAACUUUACAUUUACGUUGUUUUUUUCUCGCCCUUAUUUAUGGAAGAUGAACCACUAGUGGCGUUAUCCGCGUUUGAUUUUAAAAUGCCAAUCCAUAUGUAUUGGGAACCUCGGAGACGGAUAAAGUUCUAACUCAAAUACGCGUCGGUGUUGACGAUUUCAAUUUCCGUCAGUUCCCGUAUAUACGGUGUAUUUCACUUUUAGAUCUGUAGUUUUGUGCGUGGGUGAGACAGCGGUGGAUAUGACAGCUCGGCGCGAUAACAGUGCCCGGAGCGCCAUUGAAACGACACACCCAACAUCGGAAAUCCAGCUGAUCUCGUGGCUAUUAUCUACGGAGAAACUUUAUCUGUGCGCGUCUCAGCACCGCGCUUUCCAAGCCUGCCUUUUGGUCUUUUGCCAGCUGCACUCCAGCCGAUCGUCGCCUGAUAUGUUUCUGCGUCCUCUCACGGCCGUGUCGUCGUGACCCUUUGAGUUUUAAACAAAAGUUUUUAGUCCACGGAGCCGUGUCGUCGGCACCCGUGUUUCGUUUUACGCCGCUCUUCAGAGCGCAGUUCUUGUUCGCCACUCGUUUCACUCCGUGCCAAUAGCACGGUGUCCGCGUCGAUUUUCCCAGGGGGCCUCGUUUCCGAAAUUUACUUCCAUCAACCGCUUACGGGACGUGUCGCAAUAAUAAUAGUGGUGUACACACCGAGCACUCACGUUCUAUAAACGUAUUCCGGCACCUAUGUACGGUUCUCGUUUUCGAUGCGCCGCAAAUGUAAUAUUACAAUCCGAACGAUUUGCCGAUCUUCGCGUGAACCGUUCGAAUCGGCGUCGGAUGUUUCCACUCAUCUCUCCCCGCGGCCGAGUACAAUAAUUAUCGCGUAACGUACACAUUAUAUACUCGUUAGUGCCUCGGCUAUAGAGAACGGCCGCGAGACAAGAGAACGCGGGACAUUGCGGGUGUUAACGUUGGGCGCUUAAUGAUUUACCAUUAAUUUGUACACCGCGAGAUAUUUCUGGCGAUCGAACGCGUAUGCAACACGGACCUGCAACGGCGUGCCCGGGAAUUUCCAUUGGCACGGGCGCAGUAUAAAACGCGAACCCGGCCCGACCUGACUACGGGUAUUCGAAAGCCAGGUUCGUAAAAGCCAAGUUUUUUAACCGAUGAAUCAAUUAUUUCCGCGUCGCUCCGCUGAAACGCACAGAGUGUUCAAUUUGAGCGGGCACUCCCGCCCGAUACCUCGGAAAGUAUUGAUCUUUUUUCGGAGUUUGUUUUGUUGGAUAUAUUUUUAAGAGGACGUCGCGUCCGCACGUCUACAGAUGAAAAGAAGUGAUCUACUGUCUCGGUCAAACUACCGGGCAACACGCAAAAAAAAAAAAAAAAGACUAAGUAAAACCAGCUUGAUUUCGAUUUUAGAGUCUUUAAAAGUACCUAUUAUGAAAUUUACAGAGAACAAUAUUUUAGAAGGACUCUCGUAGGUGAAUAUCGAAUUACGAACAGUUAAAAUAGUUACAGUUAUUUAAAAAACUAGAAAAAAAAAAAAAAAAGAAGUUUUUUGUGCCUUUUAUAUCGAGCUGUAUGUUUAUCAUAAUACAAAGACCCGACGAGGUUCCUUUCAAAAUAUUCAUCGGGCGUCCUUUUGAGUAACAAGCAGCCCUACAAAUUUACAUUUAUGUUAUUUUUUCUCACCCUUAUUUUCGGGCGUAAACCGCUACCUGCGUUUGAUACAUAUUAAUGCUGACAUUUUUGAUUUCCGCUAAUCCGUUGAUAUUCCACUUUUAAGUUUGGUGGAUAGUAAUGGUGCAUUAUUAAAACGCCGCACGCCUUGCCGACACAUAAAUGAUGUACCACUAUUGUCACCCGACCCAAACUUAAAAGUGGAAUACCUCGUCAACGGAUUGAGGGAAAUCGAAAUUGUCAGCACCAAAAUUUAUUUUAACCGGGCAAUACCCCGUUUAUGGAUUUUUUUUUUUUUUUUAAAUAUAGAUUAACGUUUUAAAAUAAAAAGUGGGUAGUAGUGUUACCCCUAAAAAUAACAUGAAUGUGAAACCGUAGAGCCACUUGUUUCUUAAACGUUUUGUAAAACAAAUUCCGAAAAAAGUUACACUACUUUCUGGGAUAAUGAACGCGUACACCCUGAAUGCUGUUUUGACGUAGAUUUCGUGAAAAUCGUUCACCGGCUAUUGAAUUUCGCCUUUACACGUAGAAAUUAUAGUUUAAAAAUGGAUGUAGGACUAUAAUAAUUACGGAAAUAGAAAAACGUUCUGUUUCAUGGGAUGCUAGUGACGAAUAUUGUAUAAAGAUUGGAAUAGGAAAAAUGACGGGUGGACGGGUGUUGCAACUGUUACAUGCGAAAUGCGAAAGUAAUUUAAAACAUUUUGAGUUGUCAGCUCUCAACAAUUUAUAAAGAAUACAAAACGCACCAUUUAAUCAUCGUUUACUAUUUAUAGGAUGAAUCCACCAUUUUCGAUUCGCGCGUUUUUAUUUUUUCGUAAUACUUUUAUAGCGGGGUAUUACAAAAAUCACGGUGUCCAAAUCGUCCCAUCUUGUAAGAUGCGAAAUUCGCGCGAUCAGUUCUUACGUUGUGCAUUUCUUACCGGACUGUUAUCAGCAAUGAUUUGAUUGUUUCGAUCCGAUCAAUAUAUUUGUACAAUUGAAAACACACAUAAUACAUUUACGAACACUCGUGUGAUACUGAAAUACGAGUGUUUACAUACUAAGAUUUGACUGUCGUUCGAUAAGGGUGAUAAGGGAUACUCAUCCCUGAGAUUUUUUGGAAUAAAAAUGCUUGUAAAACGUAGAAUAUAACAGUUUUAUAGUUACUUUGCAUCGCAUUUGUAUGUACAUUUUUAUUGGUUCGAAUCCAAUUGUACUCGACAAGGACAUCGAUCAUGUAACAGGACGUCACACUGAUCGUGCGUAUUGUCAACCGACGUUCCACGACGUUCGUGUGACUAGGGAGCGUCCGUCACAACUCAACGUGCGCUCGUUCAACGUUCGCGCGACCCCGUUCCGUUUGCCGGCCAAUCGUCUGCCACGACGCGCGGCCGUGCCAUUUAUAACUAUCAUGCGCUUAACGCGAUCGUGUAUGUAGGCGUCCAUCGGCCGGCCGGGCAACAUACCGAUGGUGCUGUGCACGGGAUGUCUGCUGUACCAGACGCAGCUGGACGACCAUUACCAGACCGAAGUGGCGUUACCGCUGGGCAUGGUGGUGAACGCCGUGUUCAAGAACGAGCAGUGGCUGUACGUGCAGACGCCGCACGCCGAGGAGGGAUACAUACCGUACGGCAGCUGCCUGCCGCUGGGCAUCGUGCCGCCGCCCGACGCGGCCCGGGCGCCGUGCUGGGAGACCCAAUCGGACGUGUUCCCGAGGCCGGUCGGCGACCGCCGGCAACACCGCCAGCGCCGCGACGCCGCCGGCCACCGGGGCCGCUCGUCCGCAUCGCGGUGGUCGUCCGUCGACAGCGGCGCCGGCGACGACGACGACGGCGACGACUGCGACGGACGCCGCCACCGGGACGACGUGUCCGCGGCGCUAACGCCGAGGCGUCGCCGCCGCUGCGGGCCGGACGCCUUGACGGCCCGGCCGACGUCAGCCGCCAACGGGGACGACGGCCGUCAGCAGCGUUGGCUGUGGAUCGGCGGCCACGACGGAACGUCCGCAGCCCAGUCGGUCACAGGCUACGGGUAUUUUUGACGUCACUGUAUUAUUAAUGAUAUUUUUUUAAUUUUUUUUUUUUUUUACAUACGAACGAACAUUGUUAAUUGUCAUAAUAAUAGUAUCGGUCAAAUAUAAAUAUAUAUGUAUAAAAAAAAAAAUCACGAUUUGUCG